UAGGACAGUAUUUGAGAAGCUCCGAAUAAAUUCAGGGACUAUAACGAAGAACCAUUUGAAAACUUUUAUUUUCAUUAUGUUUCAGGAUAGCUAAUGACAAAACAUUUGGGGCACCUUUGAACAUGACAAGCCUGGAUCAGGGCUGCAGGUUGUGACUGCCUUUCACCACUGAGGGAGGGUGCUAUCUGUGGUUGUCUUGGCGAUGAUGGCAGACAUACUGGAGCUGCGGACAGAUGGGAACUCGCUUCUGAAGGCGGUGUGGCUCAGACGCCUGCGGCUCACCAGGCUCCUGCUAGAGGGGGGUGCCUACAUCAAUGAGAGCAACGAGCGAGGAGAGACACCGCUCAUGGUGGUCUGCAUGUCCAAACACAGCGACCCGCAGAGUGUCAGCAAGGCAAAGCUGGUCAAGUACCUGCUGGAUAACAAGGCUGACCCCAACAUCCAGGACAAAGCAGGCCGGACAGCCCUGAUGCACGCCUGCAGCCAGAGGGCGGGGCAUGAGGUGGUGUCCCACCUGUUGACCAAUGGGGCAGACCCAAGUCUGGAAGACAGGAGCGGGGCCUCUGCUUUGGUCUAUGCAGUCAAUGCAGAUGAUAAAGAGACCCUAAAGGUUCUCCUAGACGCAUGUAAAGCCAAGGGCAAAGAGGUCAUCAUUAUCACCACAGACAAGUCACCCUCUGGCACCAAAACCACCAAGCAGUACCUUAAUGUCCCCCCUUCCCCAGAGCUAGAGGAUAGGUGCUCCCCGGCAUUCUGCACCACUCCCUCUGACAUUGAGCUGAACACCUCCCCCUCACCUAACUCAGCUGAUCAGCACAACACUAUCUUCAGUUUCCAGACAAAGUUGAAAAUAUCGUCCAGCACAGCAGCAAAGCUUCCCAACGGGCCGACCUCUCCCACACGGCGACCAGCCAACCCCAAGCGUGCUCGUUUACCCCAGCUGAAGCGUCUGCAGUCAGAGCCCUGGGGGCUGAUCGCUCCCUCCGUCCUGGCUGCAGCUGCGGCCCAUGAGGAGAGUAAGAGCGCCACCUCUGAUGAGGUCGUCACAGGCGUCAAUGGACUCGCUCUGUCCAAGAGAUCGACCCUGUCUCGACAAAACAGUGUGGAUGGCAAGGAUGUGUUGUUCCCACAAAUGUCAUCCUCAUUGUCUGUCCCUCUAACUUCCAAAUCGGCAUAUGAGAGGUCUCUGUGUCAGCAUCAGCCCCUGGCCCGGCGUAGCACCGUCCCUGCAGACCAGGACAGUAGCAGCAACAGUGUGCCAGCCAGCUUGAGAGACACUGUCUAUAGGAGACGGCUGGGCACUGACCACUAUGACUCAGACUCCCAGCUGUACUCAGACUCUGGCAUACUGGACUCUCCUAAGGUUCCUCUAGAGAGGAGGAAACUCAACACUUCUCCAUUAGCCAUGCUGACUAGCUCCAGGGAGUCCCUAGACAGCAAUGCCAGCACGUCAUCUCCUAGCACAGCACGUCGCCGCGCACCAGGCCUCUUGGAGAGGCGAGGUUCGGGGACUCUGCUGCUGGACUACAUUUCCCAUACCCGGCCUGGCCAUCUACCCCCACUGAACUUCAACCCCAACCCUCCAAUCCCCGACAUUGGAGCCAGCAGCAAGCCCUCGUCCCCUCUUGCCUCAGGUUUCAGAUCAAUAGCUCCAGUAGCACCAAACUCACCAAAGAGAGGCCAGCUCAAGUCAAAGAAGAAACUUGUAAGGAGGCACUCUAUGCAAGUGGAGCAAAUGAAGCAACUAUCUGCUUUUGAGGAGCUGUAGUGGGACUCAUUGUUUGUAGAUGUAGCAAUGUUCACAACGUAAUAAAAGGGUAACUUUUCUAAAGGAAAUGUCCUGAUUUUGCUAAUUGGAAUUUCAACCUUUCCUCUUAGAAAACCAGUGUAACAUGGAUAUAACUUGCUUACCGGUAUAAAGUUGUAAAUGUUAUGGAUGCUCUUAGAAUAUCAGCACCACCUAUUCAACAUUACAGGUUAGACACUAGCAACAUCUAAAGCAGGGCUCUCUAACCCUGUUCCUGGAGAGCUACCCUCCUGUAGGGUUUCGCAAAACUGAUUUAGCUUAUCAACCAGCUAAUUAUUAGAGUUGGAGCAAAAAUCUACAGGCUGGUAGCUCUCCAGGAACAGGGUUGGCUGAGAGAUAAAAAAAGCAUUACAUUUUUAGACAUUUUAAAAUCAUUAAAAUUAUUUGAAUGCAAGUAUAUUCAUAAUAAUCUUCUUUGGUCCAUUGAAUCCUUUAGAUGUGCAAUCCUAAGAACACAUACAGUAGGAGGUACAUGUGUAGCCAACAAGCCAUCUAGUUGUGUAGAAUGUUGUUAUUAGUGCAACAUGCAGAUGGGGGG